CAAAAAUCAUCAACCGAUUGCACUACUGCGGAGAAGAGAUUGUGGGGAGGAAUUUCACUGUUUGAAGCCAAAUCACAACCGAAAAAACCACAAGCGGCUGAUGGUCUGAUUAAAACUCAAUCAUCAGUACAGAAAAUUAAAUACUGCAAGCUGGCGGAAAACCUGGAUGCCGUGCAUGGUUUUCAAUAACCCUCGUGCCUGUGCACGCUGCCGGAGACCUGCCCUUUCCUUUAGGUUCUCUGCACCGUCCUAUUCAAGGCUCGGCAGUAUGCUCGCAAUUGCUCCAGCCUGAGGGGGCUGCUCGCGAUCCAGCGUGCCCAGUCGUCGCGAGCCGUAAUUGCGGAAAUGCCUGUCCAAGCCAUGUUAUACAAGCUUUGCGAUGCGGUGCUGGAGUUUAUCGCCGUUGGGAUUUACGUUAGCGCCAUCUACGCCACCGCCCUCCUCCUGCCCGCCAUCCUAACCGCCUUCGCCGUCCUCGGGCCGUCCAACACUGUCCCAUGGGUCGCUACGGCCCUCCUGGCCUUCUGCACUUUCACCCCCCUCCACCUCGUGACGGGGACCCUAUCAGAGCGCUUCGUACAGUUCUCCGUACGGCGCGCCUCGGCCUACUUUCCCGCGCGCAUCAUCUGCGAGGACGCGGAGGCUUUCCGUUCAGACACGGGUUACCUUUUUGGAUUCUGCCCCCACUCCGCUCUCCCGGUCGCUCUCCCCACCGUCUUCUCCACCAACUCCCCCUUGCUGCCCAAGGCGUUGCGGGGCCGCACGCAUGGCCUCGCAUCGUCGGUCUGUUUCCAGGUGCCGAUUGUACGGCAGCUGUACUGGUGGCUGGGUGUACGGCCCGCGACACGUGCCGUGAUGCGGAAGCUCCUGAGCGAGCGGCGGGUAGCGGUUGUCGUACCCGGCGGAGUGCAGGAGGUCCUUCGGAUGCAACAUGGAAAGGAGGUCGCUUACCUGUCCUCCCGUACGGGCUUCAUACGGAUUGCCGUACAGUGUGGCGCGCCAAUCGUACCGGUCUGGGCAUUCGGCCAGACCCGGGCGUAUAGCUGGAUUCGCCCGGGGCCGCCGCUGGUGUCGUCGUGGCUCGUCUCUCGCAUCUCGCGCACGUUUGGAGCUGUACCCAUCUUUAUGUACGGUGCGUACGGCAGCUCAAUGCCGCAUCGUGAGCGUAUCACGGUCGUGGUCGGGCGGCCGAUUCCCGUACAGCAGAUGGACGCGCCGCCUCCGGAAGUGGUUUCGGAGCUGCUGCGGAAGUUUAUGAACGAGCUUCAGGCUUUGUACGACAAGCAUAAGGGCCAGUACGGCAGGGGCGAGGAACUGCAAAUAUUUUAACCCAGGUUUUGUGUUUUAUAUAAUGACUCGUUGUCGACAAUGGCGACGACAAUGACCAGGGGCGGGAAAACCUACGGAGAGGACGUCUUUGGCUGUUUCAUACCGCGGAAAAAACUGGUGAUACAGCUACUGCUGCUGGUACUGCUGCUGGUACUGCUACUGCUGCUGGUAUUGCUACUGCUGCUGGUACUGCUACUGCUGCUGGUAUUGCUACUGCUGCUGGUACUGCUACUGCUGCUGGUAUUGCUACUGCUGCUGGUACUGCUACUGCUGCUGGUGACGUUUGUUGUGGUCAUUAUGUGGACUACUUGCCGCUUUGGCUUGGUUGUCCUGACUGCUAUCGCUUGUGCGAAUAUGAAAUUCAUGCAGCAAAUUUGUCGUAAGGCCAAGCUGAAGAAGAGAUUAGAGAGAAGGUCGACUAGAAGCGCCAAAGGAUGUUGGAGGCGGUUGUUGUGUGGUGGCGAUGCAAACGGUGGUGCUGCAAAGUUGAGCAGUUUGAGAAGGCAUGUGCGCACUGUUUGCAUGGAUGACGUGGAUGUCUAUUAUCGUACUUUUAACGUACGGAACUUCUUUUUACUGGAUCUGAUC